UAGUGAUUCAUCUUGACGUAGGCGAUCUUUAGUUGUGAGAAAUGGCGUCGGAUAAUGGACUAGCCUCUCUGGGGGUGGAGGGGGCCUCAGCGGCUGCACAUGCUCUGUCCCUCCCUGCAGACGCUUAUGGAAAUGAUCCGCGGCUCGAGGUCAUGUGGGCGAUGAAGGCGUACAACCACGCAGAGGUUUACUUCAAUCUCAUCUCGUCAGUCGACCCAAAGUUCCUGAAGCUGACGAAGCUGGACGACAAAAUCUACUCGACCUUCAGAGAAACCUUCAAAGAGCUCGACAUCAAGCUGCUGAAAGCUGACGACCUGAAAUCUGACGAGGCCAAAGAGACGUGGCGUCCGUUCUGUAACCAGUAUGAAGGACUCGUGGAAGAUUUCAACUACGGCACUCUGCUGCGUCUGGACUGUGAGAAGGAUUACACAGAGGAGAACACUAUAUUUGCCACCAGAGUUCAGUUCUUUGCCAUCGAGAUCGCCCGCAACAGAGAAGGUUUCAACAACGCUGUGUACAAGGCCAAAAGUGGAAAGAGCUAGCCUCCAAAUGAACCAGUAAGGAACCAGUAAUGAACCCAUCCAGCCCCACGUACCAUCACCAGACGAGUCCAGGAAACAGAUGAACUGUGGAAGCUCGGCGUCUCCUGAGGAUUCAUCUUUUUAUUCUAAUUUAACGAGUCAUUUUUUAAGUUUAAUGAAAACUUCCAGUCAUGUUUAUUUUUUGGUUGAAUCCUGAACGUUCCUUCAGUCUCAGCUUUGUAUUUACUGUAAAGUUGUUUUUUCGUGCCAAUCAUCAGAGUUCUUGUUUAUUUUCUAAAAAACACUGAAGUUGCAUUUGUUGCCUGAAACGGAGGAAACGUCAAAUAAAAGUCAGAUACAUUUUA